UGUGUGGAUGACAGAUCGAGCGCCAACAACACCGCAACGAACCGCAAUCGUCACGAGCACGGAGCAACGGCAACCUCCACAUAGAUACAGGAGUGGGCGCACGCUCGUAAUGAGUACGCAGUUAGUAGCAGCAAUCAACGGACAACGGACUUUGGACCCUUCUUCCUUCAACCCGUAAGCUGGCUCGCACGCUGUUAGGCAAGCAGUAGACGACCAGGAGCUUUUGUUUUUCGAGCGCAACGAUAUGCAGCGCAACGUGCAAACCGUCCGCCGGAUCAACGUGCUCAAGCGUAUCCUGGCACACCAGCACCAACCCUCCGCUACCGGGAGCGAUUCGACAGUGUGGUGGAGCGUUCGUCGUGCCGCAUCCAGCAGCACUACAAACGAUGGAGCUACCAUCGAGAUCGGCGACGUAACGAUGGAGGUAGAAGCGCCCCGUCAUCCGGAACUGGUACCAACGGGGUACUACGGGCCCGAUGGUGCCGAGAGUCACGAGGCUCAACAGCACCUGUCACAAACCCGGCUACACCAUCUGCGUUGGAUGCUGCAGAAAGAUAAGCUCGGUCAGGAUAUGAUGCUGCUGGGGCGGCCCGGUCGGCUGCGGCGCCAUCUCGUGAUGCAGUACGCCGAGCUGACGCGGCGCGAGGUCGAGUACGUGCUGCUGAACCGUGACACGACCGAGAGCGAUCUGAAGCAGCGGCGCGAAAUCCGGGACGGGACAGCGACCUACCACAACCAGGGUGCGGUCCGGGCAGCAACCGAGGGCCGCCUGCUCGUGAUCGAGGGCGUGGAGAAGGCGGAGCGGAACGUGCUGCCAAUCCUGAACAAUCUGCUGGAGAACCGCGAGAUGCACCUCGAGGAUGGUCGGUUUCUCAUCUCGGCCAAGAACUACGACUCGCUGCGACAGCGCUAUGAUCGGGAGCAGCUAGACCGGUGGGGGCUGGUACGCGUAUCGGAGGAAUUUCGGGUGGUGGCCCUCGGUCUGCCGGUGCCUCGGUAUCGCGGGGCACCACUAGAUCCACCGCUCCGUUCCCGCUUUCAAGCCCGGGACGUACCGGAUCUACCGUACGUGGAGGUGUUGCUCGAAGUGAAGGAACUGGCCGGUGGAGUUGCUCCACCCGACGUGCUCACGCGCCUCGUUUCGUUCGCUUAUGCCGUUCAAUCGGCCACGUCCGGUGCCUUGCCCGACUUCCCGAUCGACAAUCUUCGUUACGCUGGGCUGCUCCUGCGCAACAAUAGUUCGCUGACGGUGCACGAGUUGCUCGAACGGCUCUACCCCUACCGCGUGUUUCUCGAGAAGGAAGGUAUCGGACUGGUCGCCAGCUUGCUCGACUCACUCAAGAUACCCGGUGGUCCAUCCAAGGACGGGACGCAGGGGGAGAACGUGGGGUCUCGGGUACUACCCGCACUGACGGUUGCCUCCGUCGAACCAGCGGCCAACGAUCCGGCAGGUUUGCUACAGGUUUCACUUAAACCACACACCGGUGGCAUUCCAGUUACGUUGCAGGUGGCGCGUGGUACCGCUGCACCAGUCCGCACCACCGGUGCACCGCUAGAUCCGCGUGAUCGCUACGUCCCGACCGCCUAUCAGGCCGGUCUGCUAGCCGACCUACUGCAGACGAUCGCGGUCGGUGACGUGUGUCUGGUGGGACCGCGUGGUUGCGGUAAAUCGGUGCUUGCCCAGCAGCUGUGCCUAGCACUCGACCGUCAGCAGACGGAAACGAUGGUCCUAUACCAGGAUAUGACGGCCCGGGAUUUGCUGCAGAAGCGCACGACGCGACCGAACGGGGACACGGUGUGGCAGGACUCACCACUGCUCGCGGCUGCCCUGGCUGGUCACGCUGUCAUCCUCGAUGGCAUUCACCGGCUGCACCACAGUACGCUCGCCAUCCUGCACCGGUUGGUGCACGAUCGCGAAAUGCAGCUGUACGAUGGGCGCCGGUUGCUGCACCACGAGCGCUACGAUCGAAUGCUGGCAACCGAGAACCGUGGCACGUUAGAUACGACAGGGCUACUGCGCAUCCAUCCCGGUUUCCGUAUAAUAGCGCUAGCCGAACCAAAUGGCCGCCGUGAGGUCCAGGGUGGUCACGGUGGUACGGCGACCAACUGGAUCGCCCCCGAAACGCUCAACCUGUUUCUGUUCCACGAGGUGCGCGGGUUGAGCGAACGGGAGGAACGUACACUGCUGGACACCCUGCACGGUCCGCUCGACGGUACGAUGGAGCAGAUCGUGAACCUAGCGCACCGGUUGCGCUCCUCAGCUGAUCCCGUGAUGCGCACCCUCUCGGCCAACCUGUCCACGCGCCAGCUGCUCCGUAUUGCCCGCCGGUUGCGUCAGUACGGUGAGCGAGCGGCCCAACGGAACGCUGCCGACAUCGUGCACGCCACCUUCCUUAGCAAGUUCAUGCCCAACCUAGCCCGCAACGUGCUCGAUUCGGCGAUGGAACGCACCGGCAUACGACAGCCCGACCGGACCGCAACGGGAGAGCCGGACGGCACCGAUUCGAAGGCACCGUUGGUCGAGUUACUGGAGGGUGGGACCAUGCUCCGGCUCGGGCGUACGGUGGUGCCCCGGUACCAGACGGAUGCCGUCAGCAAGGUGCCCGACAUCGUGUUCUACGAUGUACCGCAGCAUCUGCGGCUGAUGGAGCGCCUGCUGCAGGACUUUCUGCUCGGCGAGCAUCUGCUGCUGGUGGGCAACCAGGGCGUGGGUAAGAACAAGAUCGCCGACCGCUUGCUGCAGCUGAUGAAUCGGCCACGCGAGUACAUCCAGCUGCACCGUGACACGACGGUGCAAUCGCUGACGCAGCAGGCGACGGUACGGGAUGGGCGCAUCGAGUACGAGGACUCGCCGCUGGUGAAGGCGGUGCGGGCUGGCCACGUGCUGGUGGUCGACGAGGCUGACAAGGCACCGAUUCACGUGACCUGCAUCCUCAAGACGCUCGUCGAGAACGGUGAGAUGCUGCUAUCGGACGGUCGCCGGAUCUGCCCACCAUCUGCGGCCACCAGCGACGAUGAUCGGCUCAUCCCAACGCAUCCCGACUUCCGUCUGGUGGUGCUGGCCAAUCGACCCGGCUUUCCCUUCCUCGGUAACGAUUUCUUCUCGGCUCUCGGUGACCUGUUCUCCUGCCACGCCGUCGACAAUCCGUCGCCCGACUCGGAGCUCUAUCUGCUGCGCCAGUACGGACCGAGCGUUUCGCCGGCCCUCAUCCGCCAGCUGGUCGAUGCGUUUGCCGAGCUGCGUGAUAUGGCCGAUGCCGGUACCCUGCACUAUCCCUACUCGACCCGAGAGGUGGUGGCGAUCGUGAAGCAUCUCGAGCGGUUCCCGGACGACCCACUGGCCGAGCUGAUCGGUAACGUGCUCGAUCACGACCGGUACGCACCGGAAACGCUGGAGCAGGUCACGGCGGUACUGCUACGGCACGGACUACCGAUCGGAGAGUACGCGGAGGGCUGUGAAGCGGUUGCUGCCCUGCGUCGCCAGCGAAAGCUGCAGCUGACCGUGCGUAGUCAUAGCGGUAAGGGUGUGUCGGGACCGAAACAUGGCAAGGUCGACCCGAACAAUGAUCCGCACGUCGGUGGCAAUACGUGGGCGGGUGGAAGCGGGGGCCGCGAUACGGCUGGACUCGGUGGAAAGGGUGGACCAUACCGGCUUGACGGGGGCCACCCCGUUCACCAGCUGUCGGAUGCGGAGAAAGAUGCGGUACCGGAGUCGGUGAAGCAGGCAGCUCGCGAGAUGAACCGGAAGGCGUUCGAGGAGAAACUGCGCGAGAUUCAGAUGAGCCCGUACGAGCACCAGGUGUACGAGCAGUACAGUGAGCCGGUCCGACGGCAGGUACAGCAGCUACGCAUCACGCUGCAGGCGCUGCAGGCGCGAGCCCGCGAGCGCCAGUGGCAGAAACACCGAACAGCCGGCGAGCUUGACGACACCAAGCUGGUCGAGGGUAUUACCGGCGAGCGGGCGAUCUACAAGCAGCGGGCGGAGCAGGAACCGGAACCUGGCCAACCGCAGGAACGCCCGAAGCGCCUCAAGCUCGUCGUCGACGUGUCUGGUUCGAUGUAUCGCUUCAACGGGUACGAUGGACGACUCGAUCGGCAGCUGGAGGCGACCGCCAUGGUGAUGGAGGCGUUCGAUGGGUUCGAGGCGAAGAUCCGGUACGACAUCGUCGGGCACAGUGGCGAAGCGGUCGUCAUACCGUUCGUGAGCGACAAAAACCCACCGAAGGACGACAAGCGCCGGCUCGAGACGCUCAAGAUGAUGCACGCACACUCGCAGUUCUGCUGGAGCGGUGAUCAUACGCUGGCCGCCACCGAGCAGGCGGUCGACGAGAUGGCUCGCGAGGACUGCGACGAAGCAAUCGUGAUCGUGCUGAGCGAUGCGAACCUUGCGCGAUAUGGCAUCUCGCCCCGGCGCCUCAACGACGCGCUCGGUCGUCAGCUGCCCAAGGUACGGGCGCACGUCGUCUUCAUCGGUAGUUUGGGCGAUGAGGCGCAGGUCGUCGCUAAUGAGAUGGCCGCCGAUCGGGCUUUCGUCUGCAUGAACCUUGACCAGCUGCCACAGAUCAUGCGGCAGAUCUUCGCUUCUUCGCUGUUACACUAGCACACUGCUGCUGCUGCUGCUGCUGCCUCCCCCCAUAUGGCAGCUACUACUACCUCGAAACCUUCGUUCCAUUCCUCCCUCUGCUAAUCCUUGAUUGUACAUAUACCUUCAGCCAAUGUUUUAGACAAUAAAGUGUGGCCAAGCCACCAUAUAGCAGGUGUCUCAACCGCGGAUAUCUCUGAUAACAUUUAUUGAU